ACCAGAUUACUAAUACGAAGAAAGAAAGAAGGUAAAUUAGACAGGAGAGAGGAGAGAAGCAGCCCGAGCGUCGCCACCACAAGGAAACACACAGAGGGUAUCGGCAGACUACCUACAUCACCUUCGUCAGGAGGAUCGCCGCUCUGAGUCACCAUUAUGGCCUUUAUGAGACUGGUCAUGACGGUGGCGGUGGUGGUGGCGGCAGUGACGGGGCUGCCGCAGGAGGUGCCGGGACUAGCCAACAUGGAGAUUCUGAAGCUGGUGCCCAAACGCUCCCCUCACGGUACCCACGAAGCGCCCCUUCCCUUCAUCCCGACGGCAGCUGAUCGCCGUUACGAUGUUAUGAUUGACUAUGACGACUACUAUGACGACUACGAUGCUGACGAAGGCGUGGCCACCACCCUGGAACGGCCACUGUCCCUGCUGGCCGAGGAGCGCUCAGACUAUGCCCUCCGCCCCUUCGAUCUCACCCUACACCGGCAGAGUGACGCGAAUGAUGGUUUCAUUGAAGAGACCCAGGGCGUUUCUCCACAGACUUUCUCGGGACAUGCAAGGCCUCGGCCUCCACUCGGCGGACUCAGAAACCAUCCAGAUAACAGAGAAGUGGAUGUGAUUUCCAGCGACUUAGGGAGAUUCGUUCCAGAGGACAGGUUCGUUCCAGAUGCAGAAGAAAGGAUCAUUCCACUCACUGAGGAAAGGUUCUCUCCAAACGCAGAAGAGAGGUUUGUUCCAGCCAGUGAGGAAAGACCCAUUCCAGACACUGAGGAAAGGUUUGUUCCUGACACAGAGGAAAGGUUCAUCCCAGACACAGAAGAAAGGUUCAUUCCAGACACAGAAGAAAGAUUCAUUACAGGCACAAAAGAAAGGUUUGUUCCAGACACAGGGGACACGUUCCUUCCAAACACAGAGGAGGGGUUUGUACCCGCCACAGAGGAACGGUUUGGUUCAGAUCCCAGUGACCAGUUCCUUCAACACAAAGAUGAAAGUUUUGUCGUAGGUAACAGUGGGAGUUUCUCUCAAGGCACAGACAAGAUACAAGCUGCCCUGCACCACGCCUCAUUGACACCAGACAGCCUCUUGCUAGCACCUGAAAAAGACGCACCGCCGUUGAUCACUGAGGGGUCAAGGCACCAGGAUACAGUGGUUGUGGCGCCACCGAGCGCCCUCUGGAGAGAACAACAAGGCAUUGACAUCGGCAGCCCCAUUAUUUCACCCAUCAACACAGGUCGACAGGUCCGCCGCCUUCCAGAACGAUACGACUCACAUUCAGCUAAGAUCUACCCAGGCGACGCUCAGCACCCAAGCGAAACUUCGCUGCUGAGCUCUUCCCUCCGAGACAUUUACAAGUCACGAGCAAUCAGUGAUAACAGGUCCUCCAGGGCCUCAUACAGCCGUGCCUUGCAUUACCCUGAGGCUGAAUUCUCGCCGCAGCGCCACUCUCAACAUUCUCUUCAGGACCAAUACAGGACAUCAGGCAAAAAUGUUCCCAAACCCUCAACAGCAGAACUGAGCGAUGUCCCUCAUCAGCCGACUCACCAAGACCAUGCCCCGAGUCGCCUGACCCCUUCCUAUGUGCAGCGUGCAGAGCCUCAACCCACCACGAAGAGAGACAGAUCCCUGAACGCAGGGCAUCCCCCAGGCUCCAUGUCACGGGAGGAGAGGGCUUAUUAUACAGGUCUCCAACAGGAGAUUGAGAAGUCAGAGCUACUGGUAGAUGCGAUCAAGGACGUCAGGAUGCGGGAAGGGAAGUCCAUCAAGACCCUGAGGAGGCGCCAUGACAGUAAGCCAUCGGUCAUCAACUCCACGGCACCAGAUCUCAAGAAAGUCAAGGAAAUGUUUGGAAGUCACCCUCUGUAUCAGAACCUGCCGCGCGAGGAGCCCCUGGCGGUGAAGGAGGCGGGUCCCUUGCAGCACCGGGACGAGUACUCCAGCGAGCGGGACGAAUAUGAAAAGAUGUACCUGCCUGUCCGAGCCAAGACGCUCGAGCUGAGGGAAAUCCGCAAAGUCAAGGAAUACUUUCACUCCCUCGUGCCUCUGAAGACGAAGAAAAAGCCACGCUCCACCUCAUCUCCGCGUCGCCAGCCCCAGACCCUGCCGGUCACCACCUUCAAGCCAGCACUCGUCUCAAAAUACAUAAAGUACAGCAAGCCUCAUUCAGUGACCACGUCCAAGCCUUACUAUAAACCACCAGUCACUUCCUACGUCAAACUAGGGCACAAAAAGGACUCCCCACCUCCACGAUAUUCAAAAUUACCUUCAGGAUAUUCCAAGCAGAACACCCCACUGCCCAGUGACAUCCAUAUCCCUCCAAAAUCUCAACGCAUACCCUCCAUCACGAAGCCCCGCAACACCCCUGCACCCAGUCCAAGAAGGAGCGACACACCACCAGCGCACCGUACCGCAAAGACUCACCGGCUGUUUUAUCCUAACGCUCCCAAAUCUGUAAAUCCCUCCAGCCACACCCACCGAUCACACAGGUCGUCAAGGAUAUAUCGCCCACAGGAGCAACCUUCCAGUGCCCUCGAGAGCCAUCAGGCACACCAUUCCAGGACCCCGCGCUCCUUUGGCCACGCUUUCGACCAUCCCUCAUUCGUCAAGACCUUCGACCGUGCUGACAAGAGCCUCAACCCGCCCUACACACCUGCCACCCGCGUCCUCGAGCGUGGCGAUGAUGGGCACGACUCAGCGGUGAUCCCAACACCCCCGGAGGUUAAGGUGCGACGCAAGAGAGGUCCUGAGAUUGAAGAACUUUUAGACUCCAAGGUGAAGUUUCCGAGGUUCGGUUACGACAUUGAUCCUUACUUCUCGGACUUCCCGCGCUUUGGUUUCUUUGAUAGCACCAGUUGAUGCGCCCCACGCCGUAUUGUGAAGUACUGCGUGGCCAUUCGCCGCAGUCCCUCUUCCUCCUCAGCAAAUGAAAGUAUGGCCCUGCACCUUGACGCCAACCAUUGUGAUGAUCCUAAUGACUAUUUUAUCUUUUUUUUUUUUCUUCUACAAGACUAAAAAGACGAGCUAAAGAUCAUCAUCAUCAUCAGACUGUGGAAGUUCACUCUAAAUUAUAAAUGAUGAAAAAUAAUCAUAUUAGGAAAUACGAGUUAUCAAAUAAGGAAAAAUACAAAUACAUAAACUAAAAACACUAAAAAGAAUACAUCCAAUCAAUUAUCAAAACUAUAACGAUAAUAGAAGUAAAAAAAAAUAAAAAUAAAGAACAACAACAACAACAAUUACUCACAAUACAUCUUAUCAGUAUUUCCACUUACAACAAAAGAGUUCACGUAUCAAACAUGAUAAGAAACAGUUUUAUGCAAGAUUAUAUCAUGCAAAAUUACAUACCGAAAAAAAGAGAGGAAUAAAAACUUCACUUCCUGAGAUGAAAGCCUUACAAUAACAAUAUAUCAUUUUAUUUUAAUGUGUGGGGAGGAAGGAGGGACUGCCCCAAGUGGUGUGUGUGUGUGUGUGUGUGUGUGUGUGUGUGUGUGUGUGUGUGUGUGUGUGUGUGUGUGUGUGUGUGUGUGUGUGUGUGUGUGUGUGUGUGUGUGUGUGUGUGUGUGUGUCUGCGUGUAUGUGACUGGUUUAAUUAAGUUAUUAUAAGUUAUAAAAUAGUGCUUCAUAUUCUUAUAUGAUAAAAGUAAAAAAAAAUAUCAUGAUCAUUAACUUAUUUUUAGACACAGAUGGUUCAACAUUAUGUAUUUAUUAUUAAUUUAUUGUUUAACAAACAUUUCUUACAUGUGUGUGGUUAAACAUGCUACUCAUUAAUGGGUUG